AUGAAGUUGUCAGCUCUUUUCUUCUUACUUUCAACCCUCUUAACAACAUUUGCAUUUGAGAACGUGCAGAUGGCAAUGGAAAAAAGGAGAAUAGGAAUGCGACUACCCAAUCUUCUUUCGCUCCAAUCACCACAGAAGAGACGUAUCGGUAUGCGAUUACCUAAUAUCAUAUAUCUCCGUGGAGAGCAUUCAGCAGAGAAGAAGUUCAGCCGAAAUUGGAACUGA